AUGAUGACACAGAAUGUGAACAAUUUAACGCAAAAUCAGCAAUUAACCUCGACGCCAAUUAAGGAAUUCUAUAAAAAUAAAAACAUUUUUUUAACAGGAGCAACUGGCUUUAUAGGUCAAUCGCUUGUCGAGAAAAUUUUGCGAUGUUGUGAAAUAAAUAAAUUAUUUAUAUUAAUUAGAGACAAAAAAGGAAAAUCGUGGCAACAGAGAAUCGAUGAUAUUUGUCGAGAUCCAUUAUUUGACACAAUUAAAAAAUCCAAUCCAAGUUUUAACAAGAAAAUUUUUUGCGUGUCUGGUGAUAUAUCGAAAGAAAAUCUCGGAAUUUCACCUGAAGAAUAUCAAAUCUUGUGUCAAGAGGUCAACAUAGUACUUCAUGUUGCUGCAACGGUCAAAUUUAAUGAAAAACUCGCCACAGCACUCAACAUCAACGUACGCGGCACACAAAAUGUCAUCGCUUUAUGUCACAAAAUCAGCAAUUUAUGUGCUUUCGUGCAUGUUUCAACCGCCUUUUCGAACUGCAAUCGCACGGAAAUCCGCGAAAAAGUGUACGAACCGAAAAUGGACAUGCCCAAUAUCAUGAAUUAUGUGAACGAUGAGGUCCUGAAUUCGGCAGAACGAGCAUUUUUGGAUGAUUUUAGAAAUUCUUAUGUAUUUUCGAAAAAUAUCGCCGAAGCAGUUGCCAAUAAAACGGCGCAAAAUCUCCCAACAGUCAUCUUUAGACCUGCAAUCGUAAUGCCAUCAUACAGCGAUCCCGUAACAGGAUGGACAAACAGCAUGUACGGCCCCAUCGGCGUGUUAUACGGCGCUGCAAAAGGCGGCGUUCGCGUUUUCAUGAUGAACGGACAAAGCCCGUGCGAAUUUGUGCCCGUUGACAUGUGCGUUAGUGCCAUUUUAGCGUGCGCCUGGGACAUUGCCAUGACGAAGCACCAACGCACCGAAAUUCCCGUCUACAAUUUUGUGCCAAAGAAAUCCAACAAAAUCACGUACAAAAAUUACAUCGACAUCAGUCUAACGGCAACGGAUAAAAUUCCCCUCAAAAAUACGGCAUGGUACACGACGUUCACGAUUGCGAGCAAUUAUCACUUGGCAAAGACUUUGCACUUCCUCUACCACAUCAUUCCGGCGUUCUUUGUCGACUUUGUGAUGCUCGUGAUGCGCAAAAAGUUCCGUCUGAUGCCAAUUUACGAGAAAAUUGACUUAAUGAUGAAGCAUUUGCCGUAUUUUUACUUCAACGAGUGGAUUUGGCACGACAACAAUGUCUCGGAAUUGUGGAGUAAACUUGAUACAAAUGACCGAAAGUGGCUGUUUUUCGACAUGGGACAGGUAAAUUGGUACAAAUAUAUCACGGAAUCGUUGUUUGGCAUGCGUUGGUUUUUGGCGCACGAAGAUGAAAGUACGAUUCCCGUGGCAUUGAAGAAGCAAAAGAAGCUGAAAGUGUUGCAUUAUACAGUUGUGUUUACCAUUCAGGGACUCAUUUUGUAUUUUGUGUGGCUGAUAAUGACAAAGAUUUAUUUUAGAGAAUUUUAGAAAAUAUUUAUAAGAGGAAAAUUUGUUAUGAUAGAAUUAUUUUAGUUUUAGAUAAUCAAAAGUAUUCAGUAAAAAAUAUUUUUUUUUCUAUUAAAUUUUUAAUUUUUUGUUAAAAACUUAAGGUUUUAAAAGGAAAUUUUUUGAAUUAAAUUUAA